AAAGUAAAUUUAUAUGAGCGUGUUAUUAAAUUUUAUGGAAUAACUCAAGAUCCAGAAACAGAAAAUUAUAUUAUGGUUUUAGAUUAUGCGGAAAAUGGAAAUUUACGAAAUUAUUUAGAUACAAGUUAUAACAAAUUAAGUUGGAGUGACAAGAUUCAUUAUUUAAAUAGUAUUGCGCAUGGAAUUGAAUGUAUUCAUGAAAAAGAAUUAAUUCAUCGUGAUUUACAUAUUGGUAAUAUAUUAAGGCUUGCAAGUGUUACUUGUUUAAGUGAUAUAGGAUUAUGUAAACCCGUAGAUUAUAAAUUGUCGGAGAAUGGAAAAAACAAAUUAUAUGGUGUUUUACCUUAUAUUGCACCUGAAAUUUUACGAGGUCAAAAUUAUACUAAAGCUGCUGAUAUUUAUAGUUUUGGUAUAAUUAUGUAUGAAGUAAUUUCUGGAUUACCACCAUAUCAUGAUGUUAGUCAUGAUAAUGAUUUGGCAAUAAAAAUUUGUAAAGGACUUAGACCAAGGUUUAAUAUUAAGGUACCUCAAUUGAUUGUGCAUUUAAUUAAAAGAUGUUUGGAUGCAGACCCAUUAAAACGACCAACAGCAGAAGAAAUUAAAAAGAAUUCAAAUCAAUGGUUUAAAGAAUCAUUUAAUUCACAAGAUCCUAAUAAAUAUUACGUCGUUAGUUUUACAAAUAUAAGAGAACAAAUUGAAGAAGCAGAAGUAAUCAAUAAUAAAUUAUCAACUAACAGUUUAUCAUCAUCAUAUGAAACACAUUCAGAAGCUAUUUAUACUAGUAGAUUGCUUGAUUUUGACAAUCUUCCAGAACCAAAAAAUUCUGAUGAUUAUUAUAAAGAAAAUGAUAAUAUUGUUAGCGUGGAAACUUUAGAAUCAUUACAAAUUGAUAUUUCCAAAUUGAAAAAUAUUAACGAUCCAUUUGAAUUAAAAAAUUCUAAUGAUAUUUACGAAAAAAAUGACGAUAUUAACAUGAAACAUUCAGAAUCCUUAAAAAAAAUUGAUAUUUCUCAAUUAAAAUUCAAUAAUAAUAAUAAUUUUCCUGAAACAGAAAAUUCUGAUGAUUAUUAUGAGGAAAAUGGUAAUAUGAUCAGUACGGGAUCUAUAGAAUCCCUUCAAAUUGAUAUUACUCAAUUAAACAUUGGCGGAGAUUGUAAAGAUGGAUUACAAAUCUGAAAGCAAUUGAAUAAUUUCGAGCCAAAGUAGUAAUUUCUAUCUGGUGGUUUUGUUACUAUAAAUUAAAAUAUUUAUAUUUUUUGAAUUUUUUUUUCCCCACCCGCCAUCAUAGUUUUUAAAAAUUUUUUUUUU